AUGAUUUGCUUGCUCAUCCGAGGAGCAGAGGGGGAAUUGUGUGCAUGCAAGUAUGUGCACAAGAAUGAGGUGGGGUGGCAUGACAUGCCACAAGUGAAUGUGACCCUCAGGCCAAGAAAGGUCAGCCACUCCUGCUCUACAUGCUAUUUUGACUCAUGGGCCACCAUUGAAUGCUCCACACAAAGUUACUAAGAUUUUCUGCAUGCCCUCAGUAUGCUUUCAAACCAUCCUCAGCUUGUCUUGUAGCUGUGUGUCACUGAUCUAAUGAUCCCUUAAUGCAAGAAACAUUCCUUCUUACCAGGGUCACGUAACCGUAUUGAUGAGUUGCCCCGACACUCCAAAGAUGGUCUCUGUUUCUGAAAUUUCUCUGAAGAAUGUUAUGCCUUUUAAGACUCAUGUCUACAAGAAGACCUCUCAUGACAAAGCUGUGAGUACUUAGCACGACAAUUGGUUUGGACUGGAAGCAGUGUGUUGCUUCAGUGGUAAGCUUCUGAUACAGAAGUGCUUCUUUCUAAGAGACAAAAGCACAUGCGAUGCUGCCUUGCCAAAUGCAAGGGCACUUUUGGGAUUCAUUGACAAUAUCCAGAGCCGGUUCACCCAUUAGGCAGGGUGAAGCAGCCACCUCAGGUGGCAGAAACACAAGACAUGGUGCCCCACCAAUUUCGUUGCUGCCAGAGAAGCAAUCCAGGUAAGGGAGACUUCAGGGGCAGCAGAACAUUCUGCUGCACAGCAUUGCCAUUGGUCUCUCUCCAUCACUAGGGGUGGAGGCAGGCCAGUGGCAAAGCUCUCCAUAACACCUCUUUCUCCCCAAUACAGCAAGAGGGAGGUGUUGCAGACACACUUGUAGAGUUUGACAUACCCCCCCCCCCCGUGGCAAGGCUUUGCAGAGCCUCAUCACGUCCCCUCAUCACAGGGUAUGUUUUAUCUCAGGAGCCAAAGUGACUUUGGCCACCCCUGGCAAACAGCAGCACAAAUGGAGGGAACCUCGGUGCUCCUAUUAAAAAGACAGCACAAACAAAGCAGUCUUCAAGCGAAACAACACAGCAAGAACCAGAUGGUAUACUUCUGCUAUCAGGAGCUCCAGCGUUUGAGAACAGAGAGACGCCGGUUGGCCAGUACACAGCACCCUUUUGAUCAGAGUCUACAUUGAAGUAUGGUGUAUAUACUCCAGGCCCUUAGUGGCCUCAUGCGGCCUGGCCUAAUAGCUCAAUUCCUCCCACCUGGUAAGCUAGGCCAAUAUUAGGGUCAGCCUAAUCAGCCUUACAGUGCACUGCUACCUGCAGACCCUCAGCCAGCAACUAGACCACAUUCUGCUCUCCCCCAUUCUGCUGCUACUUAUCCCUGGAGUCCAAACCACAAAUCAAACCAAGCCCCAAGGUACCAAUAAGCAGGGAGGAAGAAUCGUACAAACUGAUACCUAUGUCCUCAAGCUACAAAAUGUCUUCCGUGUAGGUUUCCCCUACAGAUGCUAAGCUUGGAAGCACACCAGAGUUGUAAAAAAAUAUUAAAUAGUAAGCAUGGGGGAUUUUCAUUCAGAAUUCAGUGUGCAGCAAGGGGAGGUUUGGUGGCAGCAGCAGGAAGAGCCCAUUGGCACCAAUGGAGGCUUCCUCGUCCCCCUUGUCAGACCAAGACAAUCUCUGAUACCAAGCCAGUACAGACCAAGCCGUUCUUUAAUUUAUUCCAAGGAGAACCUACUGGUCAUUCCACAACCAGCAGAUUGUCACUAGGUGAGAGCAUGGAAGUAGGCCUUCUUGGUGGAAGCACCCAUCCUCUGAAAUGCUCUCCCUCAAGUAAUUUGUGGAGAUAGUAAUGACCAUCUUACAAAUCUGUUUUUUUAACCAUCUUUUCCUGGACACUGAUUCUUAAUUUUAAAUACCGUAUUUUUCUGUGUAUUGGACGAGGUUCUUUGACUCAAAAAUCACGUCAAAAAACUGGGGUCAUCCAAUACACAGAUAGUGGCAUGGGGGAGGGGAGGAGAAGCGCCGCACCGCCAGCCAGCUCGUUGGGGGGAGCGCAACUUCCCCCAAUGCUGCACCCGGCGGGCGCUCCCCGGGUCAUUUCCUGCGAGCGGUGGCAGCAUUGGGAAAGGUUGCGGCAGAUGCUUCCUGGGUUGUUUCCCACACGCGGCGGCAUCGGGGGAGGUUGCGCUCUCGGGGGAGUGCAAAUUUCCCCGAUGCUGCUGCGUGCGACGGGCAUUCCCUGGGUCGCUUCCCACACAUGGUGGCAUCUGGGGAGGUUGCGCUCCCGGGAGCGCAACUUCCCCCGAUGCCGCUGCGCAAGGGAAACAAUCCAGGGAGCGUUUCCUGCCCCCAGCUGCGUGGGGGGAAGAGGCUCAACAACUUUGGGCCAUCUCCCCUCAUUUUCCUAAAAUUGAGCCCGCAAAAAUGGGGGGGGGUCUUAUACAUGGGGGCGUCCUAUAGACGGAAAAAUAUGGUAUUUUGUUUUGUACAAUGCAUCCGGACACUCUACUUCUAUUACAUUUCUGAGUCCUGAUGCAUCAAGAGGUUUGAGUAGUCUUGUCUGCCCUGAAGGUGCACUUUUUGCUUGGCAUUGGUUUACAACAGAAUCACAUCCUUAAGUUGAGCUAUGAAGCGGCCUUGUCCAGUCAUGAGUUUCUCUGUCUUCCAGGUUACGAUCUACAUAGGCAAGCGAGAUUUCAUUGACCAUGUAGAUGAGGUGGAACCUGUGGGUAAGCCCAGCGUGAUUUCAAGUUUUUAAAAUCUUUUUUACACUUCUUUUUUUAAAGCUUGAGUAUUCAGUGUCCCAGAGUGGCUCCUUUCUGUGCUUUCUCAAUACAGAUGGUGUUGUGUUGGUUGAUCCUGAUAUUGUCAAGGAUAAAAAAGGUCAGAUGACUUAACUGGUGUUUUAGAGAUUUAAGUAUUAAUAUCCAGCCUUAAAGUUAAAAUGUCUCUAGAUUUACACAAACAAACUCCACUCAGGAAAAGAAAAGGCCCCUGUUGGUUACCAAGCAUGUUUUCAGAGGUGUAUAAGAGUUAUGUCAUUGGACCAGAUGUAUACGUAAUUCCUCUAAUACCAAAUGUUAGUAUAACCACAGUAAUUGGUGCCAAAUGCAUUCACAUGUCCAUUUUAUACAAUCUUCUGUUUGCUCCUAGAUGCAUGCUGACAGAAUCUUUAUUAAAAUCAGGCUUGAAAGAGGCAUUGUAUUGCAGCCAGUAUAACAGACUGCAAAUUGUUCCUGGCUGCAGCAUGUGUGUGUUGUGCCCAUGAUACUUUAGCUGGUUUGCAAGUGUGCCCACUGGCCCGAAAAGCUUACUGACCCCAGCACCUUGCACUCCCCAAGAGAGCAGUGGAAAACCACAGCCACCAAAUGAACCCAGCUUCUUCUGACUGUCUUUUGCUAGCUGAGACAGACAUAAAGUGAGCUUGUUUAACCUUGAGCUUUGUCCCAGGCCCUCAGCUUGCAGGUGUCCACUCUCAGACCUUUAAGCACAGACUUUCCAUGUGAGCAGAUGAUACCCCUAGUUGGUUUAGCACAGUGUUUCUUAACAUUCGUUGUGUCUUCUUCCUAGUGUAUGUGACACUCACUUGUGCUUUUCGGUAUGGGCAAGAAGAUAUUGAUAUAAUGGGCCUGACUUUCCGGAAGGACCUCUAUUUUUGCAUGGUACAGGUAUACCCAUCGCUAGAAAAACAGAGACCGCUCUCCAGCCUGCAAGAAUGCCUACUGAAUAAACUGGGUAAAAACGCACAUCCUUUUGUGUUAACAGUAAGUAUUCUGCGGGGCUCCUCUCAGUUCUGUGACUUGACAAUUUGAUAGGAAAGUGGUUAGAAAUAAUAAAUCUUUAGAAAUGAUUGAAUUAGCAAAAAUGACGGCAACAAUUAGAAUGCAAUUUAAUCAAAAUCUCAAACAGGAAUGGAAAUGUGUAGAAGAAACACAUGACCAAAAGACGCUCCAACAAGAAUUUAUUGAUAUGUAUAGACUGAUUUCACAAAGUUAAGUUAAAUUAAGCUAAGCAGAUAUAUAAGAUUGAAUGUUUAAUUAUUAAGAUACAAAAUUACAACCUCAAUAAUAAAGUCACAAAAUAAUAACAAGGAAGUCAUGCAUGGAUGGAGGGAAGACACAGGGUAAGAAAUAAGAAAUGGAUAAAUGUUGUUACAUAAUGAAAUGUGAAAAUGUGAAUUUACGAAUAUAAUGUAUAUGUAUCUGUGAUGGGAUGAUGAGCUGCUUGUGCGUAAAAUCGUAUCCCCUCAGAGUUUGUUCAAGUCCACAAACCUCUGUCUGUGACAGAGCCCCUCAGACAUGGCUACUCUAGUCACUAGCAGAUUCCGACAGUGGUUGCUUCGUAAUCGCUUCCAACAUAAAAGCUCCUUAACGGAAACACGUCUUCUGGAAUCUCUGCGUGACAGUUUCCGGCGAGGAGUGGGUGUUCUUACAGGAGGUCCUGAAACCUCUCCACUGUUUUCGCUGGAAGUGUCUCUGAGCCAUCCCUCCAGCUCAGCUCCUCCCCCAGCUGGUUCCCUCAUCAGCUGCUGCGUCUCUCCCAACCUGUGUGAGCCCUUUCACCUCCCUGUUGGUUUCCUCUUCAGCUGCUGCGUCUCUCCCAACCUGUGUGAGCCCUUUCACCUCCCUUCCGUCCGAUGGCAGUUCCCUGACAUCCACCUCCCUCCAGGGCCCCCUUCACCCCCUCUCGCCCUCCUCUACGGGCGGUGAGGAGGCAAAACCCCGGAAUGAACUUCCUUCAUCUUCCGAUGUCUCGAACACUUCUCUCAACCUGUUGCGGUUCCUGGUCUCGAAGUACACCUCCUCCUCAGAGUCCAUCUCCCCUUCCCCUCCGAGUCCGGGAAUCCUUCCAACUCCUCCCCUUCAUCAGUGGUCCCAAAGUAUUCCCCCGGAACCUCUCCACAGGCUGAGGUUUCCUUGGGAACCUUUGAUGGAACGUUUCUAUCAAUACCUCGUCAUUGAUAUCUUCAGCCAUUACCCAAGUGUUUUCUGACUCCGGUUCUCCUUCCCACGCUACCAAAUACUCCACCUGAUCCCCCUUCCACCUGGCGUCGAGGAUUUCUGCCACAUGGCUGCUGCAUUCUCUUUCUUCUACGACCGGUCCCCGAGUGGCCAGCCCUUCUCGUCCCCCUUCGUACGGUGACAGUAACGACCUGUGAAAUACUGGGUGCAGUUUCAUGUGGUUGGGUAACCGGAGCCUGAAAGCCACUGGGUUGACCUGUUGAAUGACCUCAAAGGGACCCAACCUCCUGGGUCUUAAUUUCUUACAACCUCCUUUGAACGGCAACCCUUGGGUUGACAGCCACACCCUAUCUCCCACCCUUAUGGUUUCACCUUCCCUUCGGUUCUUGUCUGCCUGCCUCUUGUAUUCUUCCUUCGCCCUUUCUAAGUUGAGUUGGAGCUGACGAUGGAUUGCUUCCAUUUCUUCCACAAAAUGCUCGGCUGCCGGGACGCUCCAUCUCUCCCCCUCUCCCCUGGGAAAGCCCUGGGAUGACACCCAUAAUUAGCCAAGAAGGGGCUCAUCCCUGUGGACACAUUCUCGGCAUUGUUGUAGGCAAAUUCCGCCAGCGCCAACUUUUCUACCCAGUCAUUCUCUCUGUCAUUGACAUAACACCUCAGGUAUUGCUGGAGGACACCGUUUGCUCUUUCCGCCUGCCCGUUGGUUUCAGGGUGCCGGGCAGUCGAAAAUUGACCUCCACCUGCAGUAAGCUCAUGAGCUUCCUCCAGAACCUGGAAGUAAAUUGUUUUCCUCGGUCUGAGACCACCCUCAAUGGCACCCCGUGCAACCUAAAAAUGUUUUCUACAAAUAACUUCGCUGUCUCUUCCGCCGUGACUGCAUGCGAGCAAGCUACAAAGUGGCACAUCUUUGUUAGUAGGUCUACCACCACCAUGAUGGCUGUUUUCCCUUUGGACUUCGGCAGAUCAGUCAUAAAAUCUAUCGACACUGCCUCCCAAGGUCGUUCUGGGGUUGGUAAGGGUUCUAAUAGCCCCGCCGGCGCCCGCCUUCCCCUUUGGCUCGCUGGCAUUGCUCGCACCCUCUUACAUACUCACGUACAUCUUCCCUCACCUUAGGCCACCAAAAUUCCCUGGUGACCAACCACAUGGUUUUGUGUUGUCCAAAAUGCCCCGCCGUAGGGCUGUCGUGCAACUGCUUGAGUACCCUCCCCUUAACUCUCCUUCAGGGAUAUACAGUGCCCCUUUGUAAUACAAAGCUCCAUUUCUUUCCUCGAAACCCCUGGUUCCUCUCCAUCACCCCUAAGACCUCUGAGCUUAUUCUGGGCGUAUUCAUCAUUCUCUGUUUCCUCUACCAGUUCUCUUUGUCCCACCAAUGCCGCCCCCACACACCCAGCGGUCUUCUGGAAUGACAUGUCUCUCUUCGGGUGCCCCUCCCCUCCAAAUAUUCAGGUUUGCGUGAGAGAGCGUCCGCCCUAAUGUUCUCUGGGCCUGGCACGUAACUAAUCUCAAAGUUAAAUUUGGAGAACUCCUGGGCCCAUCUCACUUGCCGUUGGUUGAGCACUCGUGCCGUCCUCCAAUACUCUAGGUUCUUGUGGUCAGUGCACACUUGCACCUUAUGUUGUGCGCCAAUUAGCAGGUGCCUCCAUCUCCGGAACGCCUCAUGAAUGGCUAGUAGUUCUCGGUCAUACACCGUGUAGUUCCUCUCGGAUUUGUUCAGCUUUCGCGAAAAAAGGCACACGGUCUCCACUCUGACCCCUUCUUGCCUGGCUGCAGAAGCACCGCCCCAAUCGCUCUGUCUGAUGCGUCAGUUUCCACUCUCAUCGGUUUUUGUAAAUCCACAUGCAGGAGUUGUUGUUCCGAGGCGAAGGCCCUUUUAGUUCCUCAAAUGCUCGCUCCGCCUCCUCAGUCCACACGAACUUCUUCUUACUGCUGAGACAGUCCGUAAUGGGCGCCGUCAGGUGGGCAAAGUUUCGGAUGAACUUACGAUAGAAGUUCCCAAAUCCUAGGAACCUCUGCACAUCCUUCUUUGUUUUGGGUGCUUUCCAUUCCAGCACAGCCUGGACCUUGCCGGGAUCCAUGGCCAAUCCCUUGUCUGACAGGCGAUACCCCAGGAAUUCCACCUCCUUGGUAUGAAACUGACACUUCUCCAGUUUCACCCACAGCUGGUUGGCUUGCAGCCUGCUCAACACUUCUCUGACGUCUCUCACAUGCUGCUCCUCAUUCUCAGAAUACACCAACACGUCGUCUAAAAAGGCCACACAAUUCUUGUAAAGCAAAGGCCCCAGGACGUGGUUCAUAAACGAUUGAAAGGUUGCGGAGCCUGCUUGGAGGCCGAAGGGCAUAACCAAAUAUUCAAAUGCCCCUAAAGGGGUGAACAUAGUGGUUUUCCAUUCACCCCUUUCCUUAUUCAUACCAGGUUGUACGCCCCCCUUAGGUCCAGCUUUGUAAAAAUCUUUCCCUUCCGCACCCUUGUCAAAAUGUCGUCAAUCCUGGGCAUAGGGAAGGCUACUGGUUCUGACACUGCAUUUAAGGCCCUGAAGUCACACACCAGCCUCGGCUUGUUCGUGUUUUUCUUAUCCACAAAAACACUGGGCUGCCCCCACCGCCCUGGACUCUCUGAUGAACCCUCUCUUCAGGUUCUUGUCAAUGAACUCUCUUAACUCCUGCAUCUCUCUGUCUGACAUGGCGUACAGCUUGCCUACAGGGAGCUGUGCUCCAGGGAGUAAGUUGAUUUGACAGUCAAAGGGUCUAUGCGGGGGUAGUUGGUCAGCUUCCCUUUCGCUGAAGACGUCACGGAGAUCUGCAUAUUGUCGUGGUACCUUCACGUUCUCUGUUACUUCAGUCCCUGCUAGGGUGGCUUGGACCCCUGCCAAACCCUUUCCCUCUUUGCAGUGUUCUAAGCAAUGUGCUGAACCAAAAGAAACCACUCUCUGAUGCCAGCCCACCAGCGGAUCAUGUAACGCUAGCCAGCUCAUCCCCAAUAUAAUGGGAGCUCCUCCCAAGGUGGCCACAUUAAAAGCUAUCAGUUCGGUGUGCCUUGCUACCUUCAUUAUCAUUGGGACGGUCUGCAAGCUGACUUCUCCACCCAACAGCUCCCUGCCAUCGAUCGUGGUCACCUGCAGGGGGCUGCUUAAAGGGAUUGUCUGUAUCUGGUGUUCAGCUGCAAACUCUUUGCUCAUGAAAUUGCAGGAGCUGCCUGAGUCCAACAGCGCCUUUAUCUUUAGAGGGUGUCCGUUUGGCAGCUCUAGCGUCACUUCUAUCACUAGGGCGGGUUUAGGAGGUUCUGGCGUGGGCACUCUCACUGCUCUUUGGCCUGGCUGCUGUGCCCUGACAGUGGCAGCCAGGCGUUGGCUUUUACUUGCUCCGGUAUAUUUUCCUCUCUUCCAUCCACAGCCCCUACCAUCCCUUGCCAUUCUUUCCUCUGGGGGCAGACUCUGGCAAAGUGACCUGGCUGUUGGCAGAGAUAGCAUUUCCGGGCGCCUUUUCCAUCCUUCUUUGCCCCCUCACUGGGCUUUGAAACUGUGCGCGCGCGCGCUGUUCCGAUUUCCAUCGGCUCUGCCGGUGGGAAAGUUGGCUCUGGAAUGUCUGGAAUGCGGAACUCCUUCCAACGUUCCCCUUCCCUUCCCGCCUCUCCAAUGCUCUCGCCUCCUGGCGCGCCCCUAUGGCCAGCGCUGAUUUGGUCAGCUGGUCCAUAGACUCCGCCCUGGGCGCCCGGGAAAGUUCGUCUUUCACAGCCGAAGAAAGCCCUUCUUCAAAGAGCAUUUGAAUGGGUUCCGCCGAUAAGUCCCACCCCAAUCUGUGAACAAGCAUGGUGAACUCAGUCCAGUACUCACGGACAGAUCGGCUCCCUGUUUGCAACCCAUUAACUGUCUGCGCACCACUCCCUUUUCAAUAUCGCUGGAAAACAUCAGAUCCAUGGCGCGAAAGAACUUCAUCGUGUCUUUUAAGACGUCACUAUUCGCUGCCAUCAGGGGUCUAACCCAGUCUCUCGCCCUUUUCAAGAUGCUCAAUCACGAAAGCCACUCGUGAUUCCUCGUCAGGGAAUUCAUCAAACUGCAGAUUGAGGGCAUAUUGCAUUUCUGUCCGAAAACCAUGAUAGUUUUUGGGCUCCCCCAAACUUCUGCACCAAUCCUGGUACCUUUCUGGCGAACUGGGUGGCUUUCCCCUUUGUCUGCAUCCUGAGCCCUCCUCUCCUCAAGCCUCGCCGUCUGCAUCGCUAGCUGGACCUCCAACAUCUGGUACCUUUCUUCCAGGCUUGGACCCGCUCCAGCUCCUGCUUCUCCGGUUCCGGCUGGGUUGCUCAUGAUACCUUCUCCUGCACAAGCUGCUUUCAAAGACUGUCGGAAUGCUGUGAUGGGAUGAUGAGCUGCUUGUGCGUAAAAUCGUAUCCCCUCAGAGUUUGUUCAAGUCCACAAACCUCUGUCUGUGACAGAGCCCUCAGACAUGGCUACUCUAGUCACUAGCAGAUUCCGACAGUGGUUGCUUUCGUAAUCGCUUCCAACAUAAAAGCUCCUUAACGGAAACACGUCUUCUGGAAUCUCUGCGUGACAGUUUCCGGCGAGGAGUGGGUGUUCUUACAGGAGGUCCUGAAACCUCUCCACUGUUUUCGCUGGAAGUGUCUCUGAGCCAUCCCUCCAGCUCAGCUCCUCUCCCCUGCUGGUUCCCUCAUCAGCUGCUGCGUCUCUCCCAACCUGUGUGAGCCCUUUCACCUCCCUGUUGGUUUCCUCUUCAGCUGCUGCGUCUCUCCCAACCUGUGUGAGCCCUUUCACCUCCCUUCCGUCCGAUGGCAGUUCCCUGACAGUAUCAAUAUGUAAAGAUUUCAUAUAUGUAUUACAACAUUAAUAAUAAAUAAAUUAAGUGAAAAAGAAAAAAAGGAAAGUGGUUAGAAAGUGGCUUUACAGCAUAUUUUCACUUUAGGUGUCUCCAUACAUUCAUCCCCCCCAUAUCAACUCUUUGCUUCAUAUCUAGCGGCAGAAUACAUGAGGUGGGCAGAAUACAGGAGGUGGUUUGAGUAAGGUUUGACCUUCGGCUGGGUCUCUCAUAUUACCUAAGGCAGUGUGCUUUGCAGCACCUUAAGAAUGUAAGAAGAUCCCUGCAGGAUCAGGCCAAAGGCCCAUCUAGUCCAGCAUCCACUUCUAGUGUAAUGGCCUACCUGGUGCCCACUGGAAGCCUGAAAGCAAGACCUGAGCGCAAAAGCACUUGUCCAACUUUUGAUUCCCAGCAAAUGGCAUUCAGAGGCAGACUGCCUGCUGCUUCUGACAGUGGAGAAUGUGGCCGUGCCUCAAGAACUAAACUUCUGUAGCAGCUAAACUAACUGUAGCAUGCAGUUGAAUGACCUGUGUCCAGUGUCUUUUGUCUUCCUCACCCUUACAGAUUCCAGACUAUCUACCUUGCUCAGUAUGUUUGCAGCAUCCCAAGGAUGUCGAGAAGGUGAGAACUGUGGGAACAGGAUUGUAUAUAUUUACUAAGAAAGUAAAAUCCAAGAAUUAGCAUCUGCUCCCAUGUUUUCUCACUGCUGAUGAGGUGACAUGAUGCUCCCUAGUGGAAGUUUGUUUCAGGGGAACUGUUUUCCAAGUGGAUGUUGGACACAGCUGGUCCCACAGAAUUAGACACAAAUAGCAAGGAAGACAAUAACGUUUGCAACACUCUCUUAACAAAAAAUAUCAGACAAUACUGAAAAUGAACAUGUAGUGUGAAAGUUUGUGUAUGGUAAUAGAUAAUCUUGCAGGUCUCCCUAGGAAAGUGUAGCUAAGCAAGGGCCUUUUUCCUGUGUCUGUUCUGCUUCUCACCUUCCCAGGCCCAGCAAAAGGUGAAGGUACUCUGUGAUGUGCUCAGGUGGAGUACAAGUUUAUAAAAACCAAGUGAGCACACUCAUUUUAAAAUGCAUCCUAUCUCCUUCCAGUUAAGGCUCAAUGGUAUGUCUCCUGCUUUAGGCAGAAAUGGUGUUGGGAUUUCUCAGUGCAAGUGCACCUGUAUUGAAAAGGUCUGUGCAUAUGACCCAUAACAGAUGCAUAGGAAGCUUUUCUUCCUGUGCAAAUUGAAAGUGUGGGGCCUCUGACAUGGACUGGGGCCAUACUGGGGUGCAGAGAGUUAAAGCACCCUACCCCUACCACCACCACCACCACCACUAGGGCUGCCAUACGUCCAGACAUUACAGGGAUUCCCACAAUGGCCAUUUGGUUGUUUGUUUAUUUAACUGCACUUAAAAGCACAGCUAAUGUAGCACAUAGUUUGACUCUUAAAUUGGCUAUUGGAUGGGUUCUUUUACAUGCUGAUGCUUAAUACACUCAAGCCCAACAGCCAUAACCUGUCACCCCGUCUUUCCUUGCAGUGCUGCGGGGUGGAUUUUGAGGUCAAAGCGUACUCGACAGAAAAUGUGGAAGAGAAGGUUCUCAAGAGGUAACAUUUUGUUGGAUGGAAAAUGGGGGAAAUGGAGCAGUUGAAUAAGGAGCUAUAUUUAAUUAACAGCCUGCUCUGAAUCUCUGGGCAGGGGGAGAAGAGGAACGGCUACUUACUUUGUGUACCAUUCCCUGCACCCUACUGCUGCUUUACCAAGGAUGACUUGUAAUGGCAGUAAAGACCUUCUGUCACUGCCCUUGGUGCUACCUCUUUCAUCCCUAUUUCACAGCUUGGCACUACUGCUUCCACAACUGCUCGCCACCGCCAGCAGUUCAGCACAGAAACAAACCUGUUUUUCUCCCCUUAGGAAUUCUGCACGCCUGCUGAUCCGCAAAGUCCAGCAUGCUCCAGAAGUGCCAGGACCCCAACCUCAUGCAGAGACCAGCUGGCAUUUUUUCCUGUCAAAGAAACCAUUGCACCUGAAGGCGUGCCUCAGCAAAGAGGUGAGCUGGUCUUGCAUUUGGAAAUUAAUGCUCUGGCUUUUAAAAAGUGUGCAUUUUACAUCUCUGAGUUAUUUGAUCUCCUAUUUAAUAGACCACCGCUCAACAGUUUUUCUUGACAGAAACUGGGGACAGAUCCACAGCAUACAUUUAAAGGACAUCCAGUGCACAUUUAAAGCACAUGGCUUCCCCUAAAGACUCCUGGGAACUGCAGUUUAAAGGUGGUGAUAAUUGUAGUUCUGUGGGGAGAAACUACAUUUUCCUGGACUCUUUGAGGGGGGAAACCAUGUGCUUUAAACAUUCAUGGGAUAUGCUUUAAAUGUUUGGUAUGGAUCAGCCCUUGGAUGUCUGGUGUAUUAAAGCCUUUUGCUGACUCUCAGGAGAUAUAAACAAGGCCCAAGGCCUUCCUACAGGGGCUGACCAUGCAAAUGCAUAAAGAUGAAAGAUGUCUUAUGUAGACCAGAUGAACCCUCCUGCUAAGUCAGUCCAAUUGUUCCAGGUCUUUUACCACGGUGAGGCAAUCCCUGUUACGGUGACUGUGAUCAACAAUUCUGAUAAGGUGGUUAAGAAGAUCAGUGUGUCAGGUAAAAUGCUAAUUUUCCCCAUAAUCCCACAAGAUGUUUGUUAUCAGGGAAUAGCAGGGUAGAAGGAUUGAGCAUCCAUGAUUAUUUAUGCCCAUGAUGCUAUCGGGGGAGUCACACACAAUUCCACUUCCAAUAUGGUUUGCACCUGCAACACUUGGGGGUUGUUACACUGCUCCAUUUCCAAUCAGUGUAUAUCCCAUAACUUCCUCCUGAUAUCCUGUAACUUUUUAUGCCACAAAUGUUCUGGUUUAUUUUUGUCCUGCUUUUGUUGCACUACAGCCCCACUGGGCAGCCCUAGGGAAGCAUCACUAAACAAACUAAAGCAGAAUCAAUCCACCACUAAUGCACUAUUACAGUAUUGUGUCAAGAAUAUGUGGCAGAAUACACCUGCAACAAAUCAGCAGUCUAGAGGGGUCCAUAAUAUAAUAAUGGGCAGUGAUGGUGGGGUUGGGAUAACCCUCCACUUUCAGUGUGAAAGGAUCUCCACUUGGUUUUCCAGGAGCUGCUAUUGCUAUUGCCUUGGAAGCAUGUUUCCCUGCACUCUGCCAAAGCAAAAUUACUACCAGUCCAUAAUUUUGUAUAUGAUGCCACAAACAAGAGAGUAGAGGGGAAACAGAAGCAUAAAGAGAAGUGACAACUUCCUUCAGAAUGCUCAGAAGAAUUAUGGGAAAUAGGCUAGACCCUCUUGGUUUUCCAGUUGUUAAUUUCCCAUCUCGUUUCCUCCUCAGUGGAACAAGUUGCCAAUGUGGUCCUGUACUCCAGUGAUUUCUACACCAAGACAGUAGCUCUGGAAGAGGCAGAGUGAGUGCAUCCUAAGCUUCUCCCUCUGCCAGUUUCCCCCUCUGUUACAUUCCCUUUAGCUGCCUACCUCACUAGAACAUAGAAAUUCACUCCUAUACAUUGUGUUGCUUCCUGAUUUCUCUCUGGCAGAGGUCUAACUUUGCACCUUUCUGCUAAGAGGUAUAUACCCCUCCCUCCCUUCUUCAACUGUGGUCUCAUGUUUUGUGCCUCCUCAUCUGGAUCCUAUUGAAGUUGGAAGGUUGAAUUUUGGCCAGUGUGAAAGGAUCCAGAAUUAAACUUGUAUUCUAUUUAAUCCCCUGCAAUGUGUAUUCCAGGGAGAAGAUACAGCCCAACUGCAUCAUCUCAAAGACUAUAACAGUUCUGCCUUUGCUGUCAAACAAUCGAGUAAAACUAGGCAUAGCCCUGGAUGGGAAGCUAAAAGAUGAAGACACCAACUUGGCUUCUAGUACCAUGUGAGUUGAAUAUGUAUAGACAUAUAACCCAUUUGCAGCAGAAAACUCUAGGUUUCCCCCCUCAGUCUGGGUUCAUUCAUGCUCAUCCUCAACAUGCUUCUUUCCAUCAAGAUUAAUUCUAGAUCCUGAGUAUGCUACCUUGAUAUGCAUUUGAAAAUCCUCCCCUUCCUUAAGUUACCCACAACUUUUCCUCCCUACACAUGCCCCAAAUGAAGGAAGAAGGACUUGAUGAUUACGAUCUUGGCAUAUGGCCACAACGUCAUUGGGUACCGUCAUUGGUACGGACUACAUCCAUUUUCAAAUGGACACACAGCAGGGUGAUGCAGAAUAAAUGUUUAUUUUCAAAAUGAAGCCAGUUUCCUCAGAAGUACUUUUCAUGGUCAAAAAAAUAGAUCUAAAUUGUUUGUGGAUUACAUACAAAAAACCAAUUACUCAAUCUCCACUGAUUUUGGAAUGAAAUGUUGCGUGUAUACAGCCUGUGGAAUAUGGAAAUAGGAUGUCUUCUAUUCCUGUGUUAAGCAAUAAAUGUAAGUGCAGAAGCUUCCUGUAUGCUUAGUUGAAUUCACCCUAGGAUCCAUCUUGCCUUGGAACCUUCUCAAUUAGUGUAACUGCUCUGGGAGGAUCCUCCUUCCUGUUGGACAGUAAAUUGCUUCAAUUGCAUGUCAUAAUCCUACUCUUUUUAUCCCCAAUAGUAUUAAAGAUGGGCUAGACAAGACAGUUCUGGGGAUCCUGGUUGCUUACAAGAUAAAGGUGAAGCUCACUGUCUCAGGGUAAGAGAGGUUUUCAGUAUCCUGUAGUUAAAAGUUUUUAGAUUCAGGUAGGUAGCCGUGUUGGUCUGACGCAGUCGAAAUAUAUAAAAAAAUUUAAAAAAACUGUCCAGUAGCACCUUAGAGACCAACUAAGUUUGUUCCUGGUACAGUGGUACCUCUGGUUGCGAGCGGGAUCCGUUCCGGAGGCCCGUUCGCAACAUGAAUAGAACGCAACCCACAGCAGUGCGUCUGCGCAUGUGCGGGUUGCGAUUUGCCACUUCUGCGCAUGUGUGUGACGUCAUUUUGCACGUCUGCACAUGCACGAGCAGCGAAACCCAGAAGUAACCCUUUCCGGUAUUUCCGGGUUGCUGCGGGACGCAACCUGAAAAAACGUAUCAUGAACCAAACGUAACAUGAGGUAUGACUGUAUAAGCUUUCGUGUGCAGGUAUCUGAAGAAGUGUGUAUGCACACGAAAGCUUAUAGCACCUUAGUGAACAAACUUAGUUGGUCUCUAAGGUGCUACUGGACAAUUUUUUUAUUUUUUAUAUAUCAAAAGUUUUUGUAAUAGGUGCUUUUGUUUUGUUAGAGUAAGAUGAGUCAUGGCAACAAAAUGAGGAUGUGGCAUCCUCAUUGCUUUAGAUUAUACAGUGGUACCUUGGUUUACAACCAUAAUUCGUUCCGGAGGUCCGGUUUUAAACCAAAAUAAGGUUGUAACUUAAGGAGCGCUUUCGCCAAUGGGGCCUCCCCCCAAAAAUUGGUUGUAAUAAAAAAAAUGGGUUGUAAUCCAAAAAAAGGGACAUGCACUUCCAGGUUUGACGUGGUUGUAAUCCAAAACGGUUGUAAUCCAAAGCGGUUGCAAACCAAGGUACCACUGUAUAGAUAAUUCUAACACAUUGGUUCCAUGCUUAAUAAAUUAGCUAUCUUGUAAAAUGGUGAAUAUUUGUGCAAAUGUUCUUCCUUAAAAGUAAGUAGAUGCUGCCAAGCCAAAUGAAGAAGGAAUACUUGAAUGAUGUGGAAUGGGAUAAUGCAUUGCAAGCAUGGAUAAUUCUGAGCUACAUUCUGUAUGAAGAGGAUAUGAUAUAUGUCUGACUUUGCUAUGGAAUUUUGUAAGCUUUGAUUGUUUUUAUUUUAUUUGAUUAUAUCUUAGCCUGCUAGGAGAUUUCAUUUCCAGGUAAAUCUGUAAGAUUUUCUCUGUCCCCCCCCCCCCCAUUCUUAGCUGCCGCCACCCCCGAGAAUUCUGGGCACUAUAGUUUGUUUAAGGGUUGCUAGGAAUUGUAACCCUGUGAGAGUUAGACAACAGUGCCCAGAAUUCUUUGAGGGAAAGAAUGCACUUCGAAUGUGCUUUAAAGGUACAGUGUGUUCACAGUCUUAGCUUAAUAACUAUGAGCUUCCACCACGGACUAGGCCCAAUAUUCUGUGUAUGAGGUAUUUUUACUCACAGAGGAGUGAACACUACUACUUCUACAAUAUACCUUUUCUCUGAAUUCCCAUCCUUUGUUCACUUUCUUUUAUUGAGCAUCCAGAUUAUUGAGCAUCCAGUGUUGUUAGGCGAGUUUCUUUAGUGUGUUCGCCUUUCAUGCCCUCCCCAACAGGACACAAUUUUCUGGUGGGAGUUUCUUGGGUAAUAAACAAAAACUGCAGUGCCAGCCCCUUCAGUGGUUACAGUGUGGAAAAGUGAAAGUGGAACAUUUCAAAUUGCCUACUGUAUAAGAAAUUGCCAGUAAACUAGCAUGAGCAGAGUUAUUCGCAGUCCUUCAUGGUAGUAGUGGUUUUCGUCAAAUUUAGCUGAAUAAUAAGUAUUCUCAUUUGUUAACCCAUUGUCAGCACUUGCGUAGUAACUGUAACCAGGCACUGGUCAUUAAUUAUUGUAUUUGUAUUCUAUCAUUAUCUACUCACUUAAUACAUUUAUAUCUUACCUAUCUAUAGUAAAAUUCACACUGCUUUCAAAUAAAAAUAUAAACUACAUCAACAAUUAAUAGCAAAAGAAUGCAGAAGGAAAGCAAUCAUAAUAAAAUCAUAACUUUGCUGAUUUUCCAAAUACUUGUGGAGGCUUAUAGGUAUAGGGUAGCAUUCAACUAAGCCAGGCAUAGGCAAACUCGGCCCUCCAUGUUUUUUGGGACUACAACUCCCAUCAUCCCUGACCACUGGUCCUGUUAGCUAGGGAUGAUGGGAGUUGUAGUCCCAAAACAUCUGGAGGGCUGAGUUUGCUUAUGCCUGAACUAAGCUUUAUUCAGAGCAGACCCACUGGAAUUAAUGGACCUAACUUAGUCAUGUUCAUUAAUUUCAGCAGGACUACUCUGAGUUAAAUAGUCCCCAUAGAUUUAGAGCCGGGUAAUGACUGGAUAAAGGAACGCAGGUGGCGCUGUGGGUUAAACGACAGAGCUAGGGCUUGCUGAUCAGAUGGUCAGCGGUUCAAAUCCCCGCGACGGGUUGAGCUCCCGUUGCUCUGACCCUGCUCCUGCCAACCUAGCAGUUCGAAAGCACGUCAAAGUGCAAGUAGAUAAAUAGGUACCAUUCUGGCAGGAAGGUAAACGGCGUUUCCGUGCGCUGCUCUGGUUUCACCAGACGCUGCUUAGUCAUGCUGGCCACAUGACCCAGAAGCUGUACGCUGGCUCCCUUGGCCAGUAAAGCGAGAUGAGUGCCGCAACCCCAGAGUCGUCCGCAACUGUACCUAAUGAUCAGGGUCCCUUUACUUUUACCUUUAAUGACUGGAUAAACCAAAUAGUGUGGGGAACUGCUAAGGUUGUUUGGUGCUAUGUAGGUAUCAUCCUACUUUCUUUCCUCUCUCUACACAGUGAGGUAGCCAUGGAACUGCCCUUCCGUCUCAUGCAUCGCAAGCGAGAGGAGGAAAACACAACAGGUCAGUAGGAUAUCAUUGCGCUUGCUUGGGGCGUUGUUUAUAAUAUUCUGAUGAUACCCUUAAGUCUUUUUGAAAAGGUAGAAGAUUAUUCUUCCAUUGAAAUGGUAAUCAGCUCUAAGGGAGAUUUUAAUUACAGGGAGGGGUGUUUUCAGAUGGAGUAGAAGGAGGGAUGCUGUUAGAUGGUUCUCCUUUCAUAUUUUCCAGUAGACGUUCUUGUGCUCUUGAAGCACAAUCCUAUGCAUGUCUCCGCAAAAGUCCCAUUGAGUUCAGUGGGGCUUGCUCUACUCUGAAAUCUUUUGUGUAUGUGUGCUCUCACAUUUAUGCUUGCAAUAACUUUCUUAUUAAGAAAAAAUCAUUCACAGGGAACUUUUGACGCUCCAGAUGUUGUUGGACUCCAACUCCCAUCAGCCGCAGCUAAUGAUCAAAGAUAUGGGAGGCAUAGUUCAGCAGCACUUGUUGGAGAGCCCACAAUUCUCUAGCUCUGCUCUAAUUGCAUCGCAGAGCUGGUGGAAUUCAAACUUCAAUCAAUCAAUUUGGAAUCCAGUCAUAUGAGCAAUCCCAGCUUGUUUCAUGUUUCCUCUAGAAUUACUUUCCACAGUUAGUACCAAAACUUAGUAUGACAUUGGACACGUCAGUUAGGUUUCAGUUUGCAUCUGUACAAUGCACACAAUAACACCUCCUGCUUCAAAAAAAACAACAGAAUGGAAUAUUCAAAGUUUAAUAAAACAAUAAUUUUGAGGUCUACUACAAAUCAACUAGCACAAGGAUUAAACUGAACCUUUGUUUUGUAAUAUUUUGGCUGGCAUGAUUAAGGUAUUGCCCAAAUAUGGUUUUUGAAUUUUUGUUGAUGGUAAGGAAUAUUUUGGUGCAAUGAAUGCAGCUGGACAAGCUUUGAGACUACUACACACUACACCAGUGUGGUGUAGUGGUUAAGAGCGAUAGACUCGUAAUCUGGGGAACCGGGUUUGCGUCUCCGCUCCUCCACAUGCAGCUGCUGGGUGACCUUGGGCCAGUCACACUUCUCUGAAGUCUCUCAGCCCCACUCACCUCACAGAGUGUUUGUUGUGGGGGAGGAAGGGAAAGGAGAAUGUUAGCCGCUUUGAGACUCCUUCGGGUAGUGAUAAAGCGGGAUAUCAAAUCCAAACUCUUCUUCUUCUUCUACAUGAUUGCCAUAAAUUUGUGGUUCAAUGAAAAUCCAUUGAAGAGAAUGAAACUUCCUCUGGCUAAAAGUUUGCUUAUUCUUAGGACUUUCUUUCUUUCUCUCUCCUCCUUUCACCUCAGUGCACAUAGAGGCACAGAUUGUUAUCUCUCCUUUCCAAGCUUUAUGCAUGGCCCGAGGAGCCUGGGUCACGGACUUAUUGUCAGGUCACACACCUGUUGCAUAGUUGUACCUGCAGGGCACUGUAACUUAUAUUUUCCCCUUCAAAUGGACUUUACAAUAUUUGCCAACUACUUUAAGGAAUCAAAAUCAAGACAACGUAUUUAGUUAAGCCUUUCUCCCGCUUUUCUUUUCAAUGCGCACCAAUGACUACAGGAAAAGAAAAGUAAGUAUUGUUUCAUUAUAUUUCUAGCCAACUCUGCCCUGAAAUCCUUAUUCCUUCAUGAGCAAUGACUUUGUUCAUAAACAAACUUUAUUAAAGUUGCAGCAUGAGGACAGUGGAAAUUGAUUCUGUUUCUCAGCUGGAUUCAGCUCAGAGCUUUCUGCAUUUUAAGGCAUACAAACACUGAGAAGCUAUAGCUGCGUGAUACAGCAGAGUGAAGUAUUUGCAGCUAUUGCCUCACAAGAUGUUGAUAGAUAUUAUAUAGCUGGAAUCCUACAUAUGUGUACCUGUAAAUAGGACCCACUCACAAGUAAGCAUGUAUUAAAUUGCAGGCUAAUAGCAAAAUUAUAUCAUGCUGAACAUUGCAUAGAACUGGACUGUAAAAAGUCUAUACAAAUAUUAUGUUCCUUAGAAUGUGCUCCAUGAAAUCUAAUGGGAUUUACAUAUAGGGGAAAUAUGCAUAGAAUUGGACUCUUAGUCUUAUAUUGCCCCAGUUGCCCAAUGCCCUAGUUAUAGUCAGAAUAUAGGGUUCUGUGGGAUGACCUGCUAAACUUCUGUCUAAGCUCCAGAGAAUGGCUUAUUGUGAGGAAAUGAUGCAGCUACCUUACUGAAGCUGAGCCAAGAAUGAGAAACCUUUUCACACAGGCAAUUGGGGGACAUGUUUCAGCUUUGUUGUGGGCAUUCUUAUGUCUGCUGCUGAAUGGUUGCAUGGUUUAAUCAUUUUGUUUUAUUAUUUAUGCUACAUACUACAUAUGGUGGCAAGUGCUGUUCAAUUUGAUUCUGCUAUUAGUGGUCUGCCCUGGGAUCUUAUUGGAUGAAGGGCAGUCUUAAAAAUCUAAAUAAAUGAAUUCUGCAAGAGAUGCUAAAAUGCAUUUUUGUGUUGUGUGAAAAUGAUGUAAAGUGUAGACAGACUGUGUGCUAGGCUAAUCGUUCCAAAGAAAAAUAGAGCUUCACAAUGCAGAGGUAUCCAAAUACUAAGAAGAAUGCAAUUUUGAAAGCAGACUUUAUCUUUUCUUAGUGACCUCAUGUUUGAGGAGUUCUCUCGCCAGCAGCUGA